AUGGCCCCUGCCGUCCUCGAGAAGCCCGUCGAGGACCACCUCGGCAACGGCCCCACCGAUCCCGCCGAGUGUGUUGACCGCCUGACAUUACUUCGAAGCAUGCCGGAGGUCCCUGUCGAAUGCCAGGUCUGCGUCGUCGGCGCCGGCCCGGCCGGCCUGAUGCUGGCCUGCAACCUGGCCCGCUUCGGCGUGAAGGUGGAGGUUGUUGACGAUAGAGCGGACCCGACGCCCGUGGGAAGAGCAGAUGGCCUGCAACCAAAGACAAUCGAGACGUUCCGCCAGAUGAGACUGGCAGACCCGCUGCUUCAACGUGGCGUCCGUGUAUACGAUAUCUCCUUCUGGAGAAGCACACCCGAAGAGCCACUACACCGCCUUGGUCGCGAAGUUCAUUACCCCCCCGUCAUCGACGUGUUGGACCCGUUUAUCCUACUAGUUCACCAAGGGAUGGUCGAGAGUCUGUUCAUCGAAGACCUAAGGAAACGUGGAGUUGAGGUGCGGAGAAAUACUGCCUUUGACUCGUAUAGUGUUUGCGACGGUCAGGGCGGCCCGCUGCAAGUCAAUUGCCGUACAAACGUGACGCAGGAUCGGAAGACCUUUCUUUCGCAAUAUCUUGUUGGCUGCGAUGGCGCCCAUUCAAAGGUUCGGAGAAGCAUACCCGACGCCCGUCCUGUCGGAAUGUCGCAGGCGUCUGUCUGGGGUGUGCUAGAUGGAGAGUUGAUAACCGACUUCCCCGACAUCUGGUCUAAGACGCUUGUCUACUCACAGGAAUACGGCUCUAUCCUCAUCAUACCCCGAGAACGCAACAUGACAAGGUUCUAUAUCGAGCUGAAGAGCGGUAAAGUCGAUAGGAACCAGCUCGGCCAGGACUUUGUGAUGCAACGCGCAAUGGACAUAAUGGCACCCUUUGAGGUAGGGUGGAAAUAUAUUGAGUGGUUUGGUCGUUACCAGAUUGGUCAGCGAGUAGCAAGCCGCUUCUGCGACCCCCAUUUGCGCGCAUUUCUGGCCGGAGACGCCAGUCACACGCACUCGCCAAAGGCCGCCCAGGGCAUGAACACGUCGAUGCAUGAUGCUUGGAAUAUCGGAUGGAAACUCAAUCUUGCAGCCCGUGGCCUUGCAAAGCAAGCUCUGCUUCAGAGCUACGAGGGGGAACGCAGGAAGAUUGCGCUGGACCUGGUUAACUUUGAUUAUGAGCAUGCCAACCAAAUCGCCGCGGGAGAUGCUGUUGCUCUUGCUGAGAAUUUUAAGACGAAUGUGCGUUUCAUCUCUGGGAUAGGGGCCGAGUACAGCGAGAACGCCAUCAAUAUGGUGGAACCCGAGUCCUGGGUUAUGGGAGAGGCCAAGCCAGGUUGCCUACUACCACCAGCCAAGGUCACUCGGUAUCUGGACUCCAACCCGGUCGAUAUUCAACUCGACAUACCCAUGAUUGGCCAGUUUCGGAUAUAUCUGCUGAUGUGGGAUGUGCACCAAACCCGCAUUUUCCUUGACACCUUUUGUGAGGCGAUUGCUUCCAGUGACUCGCUUGUAAGUCAACUGUCUGCUGCCGCCAGUGUUUCCUACGCCAAGCAGCCUCGGCUGCCUGCGCCCGAGGAUCUGUAUAUUCGCCCGGAGCGUUAUACCGCCGUCAGCCACCUCUUCACGUUUGGCCUCAUCACUACAAUGCCCAAAAGCGAGAUAGAAAUCACAGAUUUACCUGCCUUGUUCCAAGACAGCCGCUGGACUUUCUACCUCGACGACUGUCCUCAGCUGGACACCCGCGGGUCGCUAUGUACGAACAAGUGGCUUGGCAGUCUUGGUCCUGGCGAGGUGGCCAUCGUCAACGUCCGCCCCGACGGCUACGUGGGUUCUAUCGGACGGUGGGACUCGAGCGUUGAUGAUUCGGGUGAGGAGGCAGCCAAAUGGCUCGACAUGUAUUAUGGAAGAUUUCUACAGGUUCCUGCGGCUACUUCCUAG